CAGUACGCGUUUAGUUCCGGAACAGUUGGCGGUCUUACCAAAAUGAGAGUUCCGCCAUGUGGAUUCCAUUUGUGUGUCAUUUUGGCCAUAGUCGCGGAGAUUAGAGGAUUUUCGAUGGAGGACAAGUGCAAAUUGUGGGCUGGAACUGGCUAUAUUGGUGAUCCCAGUGAUUGCCAGGCCUGGGGAUAUUGCCAGGACAACAAACUCAUCGAUAGACGUAGCUGCACUGAAGGAUUACUAUACAGUUUCCGAGAUGGCACCUGCAAGAGGGCAUCCGAUACGAUUUGUCAUUCCCAGCUCUCGGAGAUUUGCGCCAGCCUCGAGCCUUGGAAUUACGUGGCCAACCCAGCUGAUUGUCGGAGAUUCGUCAAGUGCGCGGAUUUGGAUGAUCCCACUUGGGGCGACUGUGGUGUGGGUCAGGUGUUUAGCAACAAGAAGCAGACCUGCCUCGAGGAGGUUGCCGGCUGUCCACAGGAUAAUAUCUGCUCCCAUAUGAAAGAUGGCUCCUUUGUGGGCGAUCCCAAGAGCUGUCAAAUCUACUAUAAAUGCCAUAAUGGAUUUGGCACCAUGUUGAAUUGCUCCGUUGGGCGAUACUUUAAUCGCAAAACGGGUAAUUGCCAAUCCUGGAUGCCGCAUUACUGUUCCAAGGAUGAUGAGGAUAACAUAUUAACGCCACCAUCCACGGACCAUAAUAUCUGCUCCAAGUAUUAUCAACGGGAUAGAGAUGGAGUGCAACUCCUGCCGGAUCUGAUGACCUGUUACGGAUAUUACUCCUGCACAUCCCAGUUCGACGUGGGCAAGUGGAGCAGCUGUCCUUGGGGACUGCACUUUGAGUGGUGGAGCCAGCGGUGUGGCUCGCCGAAAGACAAUAGCUGCUCCUACGAUCGCUGCGCCAAUAGGAACCAACUAAUGGUGGCCACCAUUAACACGGGCUGCAGGGAGUUCACGAUCUGUCAAGAUAAUCGUUCGAAGAGCUCGCAAAAGUGUCCGGAGGACUAUCCAUAUUUCAAUGAGCUAUUGCGACAGUGCACCGAUGAAUAUCCCAAUCAUAGGGUGUGCUACAUGGAUGGAUAAAUUAAAUAAAUUAAUAAUAUUCCACUAAUAAUUAACAAGAAAGUAAGUAAGUAAGAGGGUAUGCUAGAUUCGUUGAAAAGUAUAUAUCUAUAUAUUCUUGAUCAGGAUCAAUAGCCGACUAGAUAUAGCCAUUCUAGGCAUUAUGGUUAUCAAUAUAUAUCGAUAUCAAAUACUUUAUCGUGUGGAAAACAAAACUCGGAACACAAGAACUUUAAGAAUGUUAUCAAAAUGUAAUACGAGAAACUAUUGGGAUUGGUGAUCAUAUUAUAUUAUAUGUAUAUUCGAUAUUUUCAUUUGUGUUUUCAUAGUGCUCCUAGCUACAUAAUUACAUCAAAGAGCAGCCGUGAAUGAAUCGGGUAAAUAGCGUCUACUUCGUGGAUUAAAACCUAUAUCAUGAGCUUAUCAAGAGCGUCGUCAAUUCUAAAACUUGAUGCCUGCAGCUGUGCUCAUGAUCACCCCCUUGGGUGCAAAUCAACUCCAUGGCGUCUAUGCAUUGGACCACCAGGUGGCUAAUAUCCGAUUUCUCAAGCGACAUUUGAAUAUCAUGUUUUGGCCGUGUACAAUAUAUUAUAACCAAGUUGUUCCGAGUACAUUGUAUAUGAAAUAAAAUUUGGUUUGUGAUGAUC